GCAGUCUUCACGCUUAUGUUGGACUGAGUUUCUCCUGGAGGACAUUCCAUCAUCCUCCGGCUCUCUCCUCUUUCUCCACUGUCAUGUCAGCAACAAUGGCCAGCACAGUAUCAGCCUACACAGACAAGAUCAAGGAGAUGUCAAUGCUGUCUCUGCUCUGCUCCUGCUUCUACACACAGCCACAUCCCAACAGCCUCUAUCAGUAUGGAGACCUGGAGGUGAAGGGCUUGAACAAGCGAGCAUCGGGACAGUCGUUUGAGGUCUUCCUUAAGGAUCCGGAUCAGUUCGGGGACAAAAGCCAGGCUCAGCCCCUGCCCUCCCCUCCGAGGAGGGAGGUAUCCCUGGAGGAACUCCAGAAGAGGAUGGAGGCUGCUGAGGAAAGGAGGAAGUCCCAGGAGGCCCUGGUGCUGAAGCAGUUGGCGGAGAAGAGGGAGCACGAGCAGGAGGUUCUCCACAAGUUGCGCGAGGUGAACCACAUCUUCAGCAAGAAGACGGAGGAAAAGCUCAUCCAAAAGAUGGAGAUCAGCAAGGAGAACCGGGAGGCCCACCUCCAUGCUCUCAAACAAAGGCUGCGUGAAAAAGAAGUCCACGCUGCUGAGGUACGCAGGAACAAGGAGCUUCAGGCUGGCCUCUCGGGCUGAAGAGGUUUUCUACCCUCUGUCAGUGGAUGUUACUUUUGAAAAUCUUCUGUGUCAAAGUUUUCUUGUUGUUCAGUAUUCACCUAUAUCACCCUACAGUGCACCUUUCAGGACCCAAACUAGUUGUUAAUCAACACCAAAUACUGUUACUCAUCUGUUUCAUUUUUGGUAAACCACAUAUUUGAAGAAGUACGGAUACAUGUUCUGAUAGCAGAGUCAAGUUCAGCUGAAAUAAAGUACAAUCCUGAGCCAAACAA